GUCAACUUUCCCAUUUUCAGCAGUUGCACUGCAGCAAAAUAAAAACCGCUUCAACACCUUCUCUCUUUUCGUCCUUUUUUUUUUUUUUUAAUAUUUUUUACCCUUUUUUCACUCCAGAAUUCCAAUCUCUUCUUUUCUUCUUCUCUACAUCAUCGAAACCCUAAUCCGCCAUUCUUCCGAUUGCGAUUCACUCCGAAUCUCACCAGAGAGAUCUCUCCUUCGCCAUUCUCCUUUGUUCACUGAACGACCUCUUAGUCAUUGGUUCUCUUCCUUUUUGCCUUCUUGGUUCAUAGUAUAUUGAAUUCUCCCUGGUGUGAUCUGCCACUGGUCUUUGCGACCUCUGAAGCACUUUAGGGUUUCUUCUUUUGAGGAAAUGAGGGAUGUUUUCGUGGUUGGCAAGAUUAGCGUCGGCAUGCUGGCGCCCGGUCCGGCGGUACGCCCGUAUGAGCAAGGAUGAUGAGGACGGGACCGACGAUGCGCUUCUUUGGUGCAGAGACCUCGACCGGCAUUCUUUAGGCGAGUUCUCGAUCGCUGUUGUCCAAGCUAACGAGAUCAUUGAGGAUCACAGCCAGGUUGAGACGGGUCCGCAUGCCACAUUUGUCGGCGUUUAUGAUGGUCACGGUGGUCCUGAAGCUUCCCGUUUUGUUCGCGAACACCUAUUCCGUCAUCUAAUGAGGCUUGCUCGAGAAAAUGGAACUAUAUCUGAAGAUGUUCUAAGAAAUGCAUUUUCUGCUACAGAGGAAGGAUUUCUUACUCUUGUGCGAAGAACAUGGGAAAUUAAACCAUUAAUUGCUGCAAUUGGAUCUUGUUGUUUGGUUGGAGUUAUCUGGAGAGGAACAUUAUAUGUUGCUAACUUGGGUGAUUCUAGAGCUGUAGUAGGUUGUUUAGGUAGGUCAAGUAACAUCAUUGCAGAGCAAUUGACUACGGAUCAUAAUGCAUGCAUGGAAGAGGUCAGACAGGAACUUAAAUCCUUGCAUCCAGAUGAUUCACAUAUUGUAGUUAUGAAGCAUGGAGUAUGGCGUAUCAAAGGCAUUAUCCAGGUAUCUAGAUCUAUUGGGGAUGCAUACUUGAAGAAGCCAGAGUUUACUAUAGAUCCAUCUAUCUCGCGUUUUCGGCUUUCAGAACCCCUUCAUCGCCCUGUUCUUACUGCUGAACCAUCUAUAUAUUCAAGAGCCAUAAGACCCCAAGAUAAAUUUGUGAUAUUUGCAUCUGAUGGGCUGUGGGAACACAUGACAAAUCAGGAAGCUGCUGAAAUCGUACAUAAUUACCCGAGAGCAGGAAUAGCCAAGAGGCUUGUCAAGACAGCUUUAAGUGAAGCUGCUAGGAAGAGAGAAAUGAGAUACAAUGACCUUAAGAAGGUUGAGAAAGGGAUCAGGCGAUUCUUCCAUGAUGAUAUUACAGUUGUUGUCUUAUUCUUAGACCAUGAGUUGCUAGGAAAGAGGGCAGCCAUACCAGACCUGUCUGUACGAGGCUUCAUUGAUGCAGUUGGACCAUCCGAUUUCUCUGCUUUGGAAGAGAUGACAUGAAUACGACCUCGGUUAUCUGACGUAACAUUGGUGGGUCGCUUGACUGGUCCAAUAUGCCUUCACACAUCAGGUUUAGCUAGUCUCCUUUCAGUUUGCACACAAACCUUUUGCAAAACAUUUGGUGGUUAUUCUUGUGAUCUUUAUUGGAUUCCUUUGUUGUAAGUUGUACCCACUCCUGUGACUAUCCUUGUACUCAUCCAUGGUGCUGUACUGCAAUUCUUCCAAGAAUAGGUUCAGUUUUUUUUUUCUUUUUUUUUUUUCGUGGGCCAUCUUUUGUUUACUUGUUGGUAUGUAAAUUGAACUGCGAAUUUCAUAUUUCUAUCCUUCAUUUCAAUAAUCCAUUUCUUGCUAAGCAUCUUUUGGUUGGA